AUGUCAGUCGAGUUGUUGGAUGUCAGGGAACAGAUCCCCGACCAUUUAAAAGAGGUAAUAGUCGAUAAAGUACUACCAGUUUUUUAAUUCUUAGAAAUACUAGUUAGAAAGUCAGUGUUAAUCCUUUUAUGUAACCUUGUUCGACAAUUUGUUUGAUAUAAGUUUGAGUUAAAUAAGUUACAGUAUGAAGAAGCAGUAUCCAAAGGGGUGAGUGGCUUCCACGAAAUGUUCUCGCUCUUUCAAGAUCCUGGAUUCGAAGCUCGUACAGGUUGGAAAAAAGAAGCCGAGAACCACUGUGGAAGUGUUUAUUCACGACAAAUCAAACAUGGAAAAGUGUUCUGUGCCAAGGUACUGUAAUAUCUCUUAUUCUCAAAUUUUUUACCUAAAUUCUAGUUUGUGGUAGAUGUUGAUUUGGAAACUCUAAUGCACGACAACUGGAAGCAGCCCGAGAAAAUGCCCGAAUGGAACACACACGUUGAAUUCUGUAAUGUCCUGGUUCAUAUUACAGAGAACAUCAACAUAGUACAUGUGAGGACCAAUAAACAUUUUUUUAACUCUCAAACAUUUCUAAAAGUAAUCAAAAGUUGACGAAAUAGAGACUUGACGUUACAGUACGGAAACGGUCCAGUCCUGAUGGUGUCUGGCCGAGACUUUGUGUCGAUGAGAAUCAAGAGGGAAGUCGAUGGAGUUGUCUACACAAGUGGAAAGUCUGUCGACGCCCCAGGAGUUCCAAAACCAGGAGACAGAGUUCGCGCCCAUAUUAAUCUUGGUGGAGGAAAAUUUAGAAAACAUCCAGAAGAUGACGAAAAGACCAUCGUCGAGAUCAUGCAUUGUAUCGACUUCAGAGGAAUGGUCCCCAAGAGUGUAAUCUACUCCGUAAGUAUAAUAUAGUAUCUAUGGAUACAAAAUUUAUAAAAACUUUGAUAUUCAACUAUUACUUUUUACGUUCACUAUUUUUAGGUAAUGGGAAAGAUGAUGCUGAAAGACAUUGAGGAACAUCAGAUUCAUGCUAAAGAUUUGAAAUCCAAGAAGAAUUCCAACUAA